AUGUCUUUCAAUGAGGGAGAUGCCAUGGGAGUAAAGCAACCCCACAACGAUCCCUUGGUCAUAAUGUUAAAUAUAGAAGGGUUCAAUACCAAAAGGAUCCUCGUCGAUAAUGGCAGCUCUGUGGACAUCAUCUACCUCCCAGCCUUCCACUUCAGUGGAGACAGGGUCUACCCCCGGGGUAUAGUGACAUUGACGGUGACGGCGGGGACCUACCCAGUGCAGUUGACUCGGCAAGUAGAUUUCCUGGUGGUGGAUUGUCCCUCAUCCUACAAUGUCAUCGUUGGAAGACCCACUCUCAAUAAGUGGAAGGCGGCAACGUCAACUUAUUGUUUGAAGGUAAAGUUCCCAACAGAUAAUGGUGUCGGUGAAGUGAAAGGAGAUCAAGUCCUAGCAAGAGAGUGCUACCAAGCCGUCCUGGCUGGGAAGGAGAACCAUUCUUGGAUGAUUGAGGAGAAGGAAGAAGACAGGAUAGAGGCCCUGGAGACGGUGGAGUUGGUAGAAGGAGAGGCGAACAAGACGACCAAGAUAGGAACGACGUUGAGCCCCGAGAUGAGAACAAAACUUAUAAAGUUUCUCAAAGAGAAUCUAGACGCCUUCGCAUGGAGUCACGAGGACAUGCCGGGCAUAUCCCCAGAAGUCAUCCAGCAUAAGUUGAAUGUGGACCCAGAACGGAAACCCGUCCAGCAACGACGAAGAACCUUCGCUCCAGAACGAGACCAGGCAGUUGCAGAGGAAGUUACCAAACUCCUGACGGCAGGGUUCAUCCGGGAGGUGUAUUAUCCUGAAUGGCUGGCAAAUGUAGUCCUGGUGAAGAAAGCAAACGGGAAGUGGAGGAUGGUGAUGCCAUUUGGGCUGAAGAAUGCCGGGGCUACGUACCAGAGGUUGGUGAACAGAAUGUUCAGCCAACAAAUUGGCAGGAACAUGGAAGUGUACGUGGACGAUAUGCUCGUCAAGAGCAAAGAAGAGCUCGCACACCUGGACGACCUGAAGGAGACAUUUACAACCCUCAAAGCACACCAGAUGAGAUUGAAUCCAAGUAAGUGUGUCUUUGGGGUUGCUUCGGGAAAAUUCCUGGGAUUCAUGGUGUCCCAAAGAGGAAUAGAAGCAAAUCCAGAAAAAGUGCAAGCCAUCAUCAACAUGACGUCCCCCAGGACCGUCAAGGAAGUUCAAAAACUCACCGGAAGGAUAGCGGCUUUAAACAGGUUCGUCUCUAGGGCCACAGACAAAUGCCUGCCCUUCUUUAAGACCUUGAAGCAGGCCUUUGCUUGGACCUACGAGUGCGAAGCGGCUUUCCAAGAACUGAAGCAAUAUCUGAGCAGUCCGCCUCUUCUAAGCCCGUCCAAAGAAGGAGAAAACCUAUACUUGUACCUGGCGGUGUCAGCCUCGGCAGUGAGUGCAGCUUUGAUUAGAGAAGAAGGCAAGAAGCAACUCCCGGUCUACUACAUCAGCCAAGCCUUUCAAGGAGCUGAGUUCAGAUACCCAAGGAUCGAAAAGAUUGCGUUUGCACUAAUAGUAGCCUCGCGCAAGCUCAGGCAAUAUUUCCAGUCAAAUCCUAUCCUUGUGAUGACGGAUCAACCAAUCAAGAAAUCAAUGAACAAACCAGAAGCAGCAGGGAGAAUGGUCCAGUGGGCAAUUGAACUUAGUCAAUUUGACAUCGAGUACCAUCCAAGAACUGCUAUCAAGGCGCAAGCUCUGGCCGACUUCAUCACUGAAUUCACUCUCCCAGACGAAGAUGGAAUUCCUGACGGAGUCGAUAAAUGGACAAUACAGACAGAUGGUUCGUCAGCCAAAAAGAAGGGGGGAGUAGGGGUCGUCAUAACCAUCCCCGACGGAGAAGUGAUGAAAUAUGGGGUCCAACUAAAGUUCCCAGCCACGAAUAAUGAAGCUGAGUAUGAAGGAAUAUUGACGGGCUUGAGGCUUGGGAAAGCUCUUGAUGCCAAAAACUUGUUGAUCCAGAGUGAUUCAAAGCUGGUAAUCGGACAGAUCAGGGGAGAGUACGAGGCAAAGGAAGAAAGGAUGCAGAAAUACCUAAAACUAACGAGACAACUAACUCAGGAGUUCGAUACAGUGGAGUUCGUACAGAUCCCAAGAAGCCAGAAUAUGGGGGCUGACGAAGUGUCAAAACUAGCAUCAUCAGAAGAAGGGAGGACGACCAUGGACUUGGCAAUAGAGGUCCAGAAACACCCUAGUAUUGAAGAGGUUGCAGUGUUCACCCUCCAGAGCACAGACACCUAG